AUGAAAACUGGCCUCAACCUUGGGCAUGAAGAAUUGCUUCUUGCCCAAUUCCUGCCAGAUCAGAACAUCAUACUUGAAUGGCCUGCAGUUGUCCUAGACAAAUUUGGUGUCAUUGUCCUGUGGUAUCUCCCAGGAGCAAUUGAUCCGGCAAUCCAGAAUGAUAUGAUAGUGAUGACCUUGAUGAUGUCAGGUCCACUGGGAUGGUUUUUACAAGCUCAUCCAGCUCUGAAGUUUCAUCCCAAAGUAUCAGUGACCCUCAGAGCGAUGCAGAGACCAGCAGCUCUUAUUGCUGCUGCAUUGAGAGUUAUGCACCCCAGCAUAUAUUGGUCAUCAUUGACAAUGAAGCUGGGACUUGGUCUAUGGGCAGACAAUAAUCAAUUGGAGGAAAUGGGAAAUCACCUGCAAGAAUGGGUGUCUGUGUUUACAGCCCUUGCUGUCAUGUGCAACCGGCAUUCACCCUUGCACCAUGAUACUCUGUCCUGA